UGCUUGUGAGCAAACAUUUACGAAGUUUUAUUAAAGUUGUAUUUUAGGAGCUGAAACAUUUUCUUGAAGGUUUGUUGUUCUUACUGUUUCGUAAUUUUGCAUUCAUCGUGGAGAGACAAAUUAUUUUGAGCCAACAAAAACACGAUUAAAAAAAACAAACAAACUAUAUUACGAAAAGAAAUAUUACACGCUAGGAAUUUCUCGAACACGAAAAUUGUUUUGAAGAUAUAUAUAUAUAUAUAGUUGCCGUUGAAAGAAAUAUAUGUGAUAUUAGUAUUAAUAAGUAUUUAAAAAAUUCUUACAAAGAGGAGGAAUCGUAUACCUUUUUACUAUGAGGAAUAUCUAUUAUCGUCAUGUCUGUGGUCAUCGUCAAUAGCUGCAAUAGGAUUAAUAAAAGCGACGUUUAAUAAAUAAAGACAGACAAGAAGAGGGGGAAAUAUUAAAACUGAUGCCAAUGCGAUGAACUAUGAAGAUGACUAUUUCGAGGACUGGUCUUACUCGAUGAGGAGAGAAAUGCAGGAAAUUGUCCCUGGACUGUUUCUUGGACCGUAUGCUGCUGCCAUGAAGAACAAAUAUGAGACUCUAAAGAAACAUGGAAUCACACACAUUGUCUGUAUUCGGCAAGAUGUGGAAGCUCGAUUUAUCCGUCCAAAUUUCCUGCAGCAUUUUGUAUAUUUACUGCUCAAUAUUGCUGAUAAACCCACAGAAAAUAUUAUUCAACAUUUCAAAAAGGUGAAGGACUUUCUAGAUGACUGCUUUCGACAAGGUGGCCGAGCUCUUGUGCAUGGAAAUGCUGGCAUAUCAAGAAGUGCUGCCAUGGUAAUAGCUUUCAUAAUGGAAAGAUAUAGUCUGUCGUAUCGCCAAGCCUCCUCUCAUGUACAGCUAAGACGGUUCUGUAUAAAUCCAAAUGAAGGCUUUGUACGACAGCUCAUGGAAUUUGAACCCAUAUACAGAGCCCGUAUGUCUCAGAUGAAUGGACAAAGGUCAGCAGAAAUAGGUCCUUUAAAGAGAAAAUAUGAAGACUGAAUUAUUGUCCAGCUGAUUACUGUGACUAAUGGUCUCACCUCAACGGGAAUGAUCCAGCUUGUUGCUUUUUUUUAAAAAAAUUUUUUUUUCUCUCCAAUUUCUGGAUGUUGUGAUUUAGCAGCAAACAACAACUUUAACUGCCAAAAGACAUUUGCUACAACAACAACAACAACUGCAACUAUAAAAACCACAAACAACUACAAUAGCAAGUCUUAUGAAGGACAACAAUUAACAACAGCGAUAUCUACAACAACAACAACAAGAGCUCUUAUAAAAAGAAGCAACAACAAUAACUAUGUAAAGAAUAACCUUAAAAAAUGCAGCAGCAACACCACAAGAAACAGCAGCAGCAGCAGCUGUAUUGCUAAAAAUGCAAAUAAGUGACAACAACAACAACAACAACAACAUCAACAACAAAUUUCUGUUGCUACAACUAUGAAUGCAGGGACAACCACAUCAUCACCAACAUCACCACAACAACAACACAACAACAACACAUAAUUCUAUAAGUACAAAACAAACAAGAAAAACAUCAUCAGCAUCAACAACCAGCUGUUCUCAGGUGUCAUCUUCUGAUCCACCCCACACACAUGUUGAACCGAAUGCAACAACUGUACUCAGGUGUUAAUGCUACCCCUCUCCCCUUCACUGUAUGCAAUACUCAAAGCUUCAGCAAUUGCACUCACUGCCACCCUCUCCCACCUCUUCCCUGCUCUCUCUCUCCCCCCUCACCCAUACCCCUCUUUGCACACACACACAGAAACAACUACAUGAACAGUCAUAAUGACAGCUACUACUACUACACCUGCCCUUCAGGUAUUACAUCUGAGAUAAUUACAGCAACAACAACACUAGCAGCAGCAACUGCCCUCAGGGUGUCACACCCUCAACACUUCUGAUACUCAAUGGCAGCAAUUAUGAUUCCCCGCCACCUCAACCCUGGGGUGUCACACUCUCUCCACAUCUGAAACAACAACAACAACAGCACUAGCAGCAACAACUGCCAUAGAGGUAUCUUAAUGCCACUACAUACAACAGCCAAAACACCAUCAUCUGUCUUCAGGUGAUUGAUCACCUACAACAUAUACAUGCACACACAAAACACCACUAUAACUACAUAUGCAUAUACAUUAACCUUACCACAGAUACUCUCACAGACAUACAUACACACUAACACCCUGUUCUACAGAGACAUAACACACUCACAUGCAGACCAACCUCACACACAUAAGCUCUACUAUUACUUCUGCUACACACACACACACACACACACCAAAACCAAAAAUGGCUUCAACCUAUUUUUCCAUUGUUUAUUAAACUAUUUUUAUAUUUAUUGCAGACA